AUGGAUCACUGGCACCCUGCGAUAAAGAAGAUGACUAACUCCUUCAAAAUCAAGCUAGGACAAGGUGGCUAUGGCUGUGUAUACAAAGGAAUGUUACACGAUGGAAGUCCUGUGACAGUUAAAGUUUUGAAAGAAUCAAAAGGAAGUGUAGAAGAAUUUAUCAAUGAGGUGGCAAGUAUUAGCAGGACUUCCAAUGUCAACAUUGUUACUCUUCUGUGUUUCUGUUUCCAGGGUUGCAAAAGGGCUCUUAUAUAUGAAUCCAUGCCUAAUGGAUCCCUUGAUAAGUUCACUCACGGUGGACGAUCCUCUACACAUCAUCAACUAAGAAUGCAAGAACUGUACAAAAUUUCAGUAGGAAUUGCACGAGGAUUGGAGUAUUUGCACCAUGGAUACAAUACUAGAAUAUUGCAUUUUGAUAUUAAACCUCAUAACAUUCUUCUUGAUAAAAAUUUCACUCCCAAAAUCCCGGAUUUUGGCCUGGCUAAACUUUGCCCUGGUAAAGAAAGCAUUGUGUCAAUUUUAAGCGCAAGAGGAACCAUCGGAUACAUAGCCCCGGAAGUUUUCUGCAAGACCAUUGGAGGGGUAUCCCACAAGUCAGAUGUCUAUAGCUAUGGGAUAAUGGUUUUCGAGAUGGUUGGAGUAAGAGAGGACACUGAAGUUGGAGUAGUAGAUCAUAGCAGUGAUAUGUACUUUCCCGAUUGGAUAUACAAAAGACUAGAUCAAGUUGAUGAGUAUCUUGGACUGUAUGGAAUUUGGAAUGAAGAGCAGAACGAACUUGCAAGGAAAAUGAUAAUAGUGAGCCUGUGGUGCAUACAAACUAAUCCCUUGAGCAGGCCAUCAAUAAGUAAGGUUGUGGAGAUGUUAGAAGGGGAACUUCCAGGUCUUGGAAAUCCCUCCCAAACCUUUCUUGUCUUCUCCAGCAGGAGCAUCAGAAGAUUCUUCAACAAUAUAUCCAUCUGGAAUAGUCUCAUGAUUUUGUAA